AUGACGAUAGUUGAUUGUGAUGACAAUGUUAAGAAAGAUUUUGACCGCUCAAGAAUUCUGGAUGACGAAAACGGGAGAGUCUUGAAGUUUACUGAAGAUCAGCUGCAAUUUCAAGCAUCUCACGCGAUCUGUGACAUCUCCAAUGAUAAUGGAACUGCAAUGGCGUUAAGCAGCUCCAACUCUGAGCGUUGCUCAACAGAUGAAUCAACGUGGUCCUCACAGCUGACACCGCCGGAUAAUAGCGAUACCCAAUAUGACGAUCAAGGGGUGAACGAAAUUCUUCAGCAAACAGCAAUCGCUCUACUUGCACUCGAUGACGAGAAGCCAAAACGUUGGACAAUGGAUGUGGCAAAAAUUUCUCAUGAUGAGAGUGGUAAUUUCAAUGAAGAUAAGCAUGCUUGCUGUUUACAAGCUCUUCCUCAAAAUACUAGUGGUCAUAACAUGAUGAAUGUUAACCCAAUAUCGGAUUCUGCUCGCUCAUUUGGAACACCACAUCAAACUGGAAUAACUCACUCAUCGAGCACUCUACCCUUUCCACCGACGGUAUUUGCUACUGAUGUGGCUUCAAUGCCACCCUCAGCACCUAUAUCAUCAUCGUCAUGCUCGACCAACAACACACCAAGAAAUUCAACUGAUGCAGCGGUGAUUUCCCAACAGAAACAGUCUUCGUCAAUCAAACGUGCUUCAUCUCGUCAACUCUCGUCGUCGUCGUCGUCGUCGUCAGCUUCUGGCCUAAAAUCACCAAAACCCGAUACCUAUAAAACGGUGAUGUGUCAAGCAUGGUUGGAGAACAACAAGUGUAACUUCGCUGAAAAUUGUCGUUUUGCUCAUGGCGAAGAAGAACUGCGUCCUUGCAAAACGCAAGUGAAGAAUGCAAAGUAUCGCACCAAACUGUGCGAGAAAUAUACUUUGGUUGGUUUAUGUCCUUACGGUAACCGAUGUCUAUUUGUUCAUCCAGAUUCUGAUGGUCAAAAUGCGUACAUUCGUCCUGACCGGCUGGAAAAAAUGGAACACGAACGUCAUUUGUUCUCAACGGCAUGGCAACAUCAAAACAGCAAUGCUCCCGAUUUUAAUGCUAACCACGCUAUCAGUCCGUUGACCUUCAAACCGUACACUCCUCCGAAUCAUCACCUUUCGGUUUCCCCUUUCCUCUCAUACCCACCGCCGUCAUUCAACCCUUUUCAAAACACACGUUUGGCUGCUUAUCCAAACCAAUCUCUCGGUGACCUUGCUUUCAAGAUAAGACGACCUCCACCACCAUCCUGGCCUUUAGAACCGGAGGUUUUCUUCGAUCAUUUCACGGGUGAUAGCGAUGGAUCGCCAGACGGAAGUUCAAGCCAGGAACGCCCGCAGUUAUUCGACAGAAUUUCGAAUACGUACGAUGCCAUAUUGCCAGUGGCUGAAGCUACGGGAAGUUUCAGCAGGUCACUGUUGUUGAGUCGAGCGAACAGUGCCACUUCCACAUUUUCGGCAGUAUCUCGUUCGUCGUCUUGCUCAAUAGGUACUUUCAACUCGUCGGAAUCGGAUGAUACCGCUGAGCAGCACUUGUUCACUUCACUAGGCGAUAUAAACAAUUUGCAUUAUCAACCAGAAAUGUUCCCUUUUAAGAGGACAGAAGAGACGAAAUCAGAGAGCAACAAUAGUGACGAUAAAGUGCUCGAGCUGGAAGCAUCACGAGAUUCUCGUAGUCAAACUCAAACCACCGGUUGGUUCAGCCAGAAAUCCCUCCUCACUGAAAACGAUGAUGAGGGCGUGCGAAAGGCUUCGCUAUCAACAACAACAACAACAACAAUGGCUGCGACGGCCCCAUUCAAACGAAUCGAUUCUCGCGUUGAAGGGCAAUCCGUCCAAGUCGUUGACGAUCCAUUUCGUUUAGCGAUACAGAACGACAAUUUAGCUCGUCAUCUUGCGGCUAGUAUCUUUUGA